AUGAGUCUUCGUGCAUGCGAUGGAUGCCGAGUUCGCAAAGUCCGAUGCGAUGGUGUCCCUUCCCCAGAUCAUAUCCCCUGCUUCCACUGCCGCACAUCAGGGACAGCUUGUAAAUUCGAGCAAGCGCCGAAAAAGCGAGGACCGAAGUCCAAAUCUAGGCGUUCCGUUGCCAGUGCCGCCGGUCCCCACGCUUCCCAUGGGAUGUCAUCGCCAUCAGCCAAUUAUGAUGAUACUUCCUCGUUAACAACAUCAGCUUCGCCUUUGCUUGGACCUGUCAGCCCCGUCGAUAGGAGGACCUCGGGACCGACGGUAUUGACCGCUGCCACCGGUUCGAAGGUGUUUACAUCUUCCGGGGCAGCGGACCUGAAUGACAAGAUCGAAAACAUACAUCAAGACCUUGUGCGCUCUUUAGCGGCAGUAGAUAGUAAUUGGUCAUUGAGCGCAACUGUGGAGAGGUGUAUCAACGUCUACAUGGAGGUCAUCUUUGGUAUACGGCCUAUUGUAUGUGAGGCUCGAAUCCGAUCCAACCUUUGUCUCAAACCUCCGCGCUUGAGCGCUGAAUUCAGCUUUCUCUCUUGUUCUUCCCGGUCGGUGUGUUUGUCUACUGUGCCGGGAGCUUUGGAGGAAAUUCGGUCGUAUACCCUUGUCAUUGCUCUCUGUGCCGGGACCGCUUAUCUGCUGUCAACCCCAGACGGCCCCAAUGGAGCCCUGGUUGGACCAAUCUUCCUACAUGCAUCUCAUGAAAUGCUACAUCUUUACGAAUAUGCCGAUGUGGAGUGUCCAGAUGCUAGCUCACUCGUCAUCCGCAUGUUCCAGGCAGGUGCUCUACACACAGAUAGCAAAUUGCGCCCCUCGUGGCAUUUGUUCGGUGCCGCACUCCGACUUGGCGAACAGAUGCAGCUGCACGACCCGCGCUCUUUGCAAGGUCUAGACCCGCUUGAGGUUCGACUCCGAGUGAUGGCUUUUCGAACCCUUCGAAUUUCCGCACGUUACCACCGAGACCUCGAAAAUCACCCUUUAAGUAUAUGCGACCCACCGUGGUCAGCACUUACGUCCAUAGACGCCGAUUCAGACGUUCCGCCGAUGAUGAUGACACCUUCUCCAAUGGGAAUGCCACCAGAGUACGAGUCCCAAGCCUUGGUGGCGUUUAGCCUCUCUGAAAAGGUCUGGAUUGCGGCGUCCGACAUCUUGGUGGACCUCGAGUGCUUCGCUCGGCUCGACCGACGGGGUACAUCUAUCAUCUCUACGCUGUCUGAGUCACAAGGAGACUACUUCAUUGAGCCCUAUUCUGCUUUCCUGAGCGUGCUGGACCAUUUACCCCAGUUCUUACAUUCGCCCGACUCGGUGGAGCUUCCAGAUCCGGCCGCCACCGCGAUUCAGCGCCGUAAUUUCUGGAUUCAGCGCACUAACCUAUUAGUCCAAUAUCAUUGCCUGCGCAUGCUGGUUCUGAAUAGAUUCGCACAGCAUGGACUGACGACGAUGAUUGGCGUGCAGAGCACAGACGCCAUGAUUGCAUUGCGGAAGACCGAAAUUGCGCACGAUAUGAAUGCAUUCGUAACAAGUGUUCCUUUCGACUCGCUACAGGUGAAUGGUGAAGCAUGUGUCACUAAAAUUCGAUACAUGGGCGCUACACUUCUCGAAGUAAUUCAUCAGGUCCAAGCUCCACAAGUCGUCAAUCGAGCUAACUCGCUGUUCUCCUCAUUAUUGGAUAUUUUAACGAAAUUGGACUCUCGAGCCUCGGAUGAACUCGUCAACGAAAGUUAUAUUGUGACUGAACCUGUUUGUUGA